AUGAAUAAUUCACCUGGAGCGAGCAGCACAAGAAAAGGAUGUGCCUUCUGGGACAGUGGACCCAAAGAGGAAGAGCAGGGGACGAGGCAGAGGCGGUGGAGAAUGGAGGAGGCGGUGAGGAAACGACCAAUAAUCUCAGCUCGUGAAAGAGGCCCAGGCCCUGGACGCUACGCUCUGCCCCCUACAGUUGGAUACAUGAACCAUGACUUCACCAAGCCCAGCAGCCCGGCUUAUUCCUUCCACAGUCGGAUGAGCAGUGCCAUGGUCUCAGUAGACUCCAGUCCAGGACCGAGGUACCACGUUGGCGCCAAUGUUACCCGCUUUGGCAGAAUGGACAUGCCGUCUUACUCAAUUUCAGGCAGAGGAAGACAAAUUGGGAAUAAGGUUGAGCAGUUCCAGACUCCCGGACCAGGGGCCUACAGCCCAGAGCGGGCCCCACCCCUCACCCCUCACCGAAGACCACCAUCAUACACGAUCGGAAACCGAACAAGAUAUCGCUCAGUGGACGCCGUACCAGCGCCCAACAGCUACAGCCUCCCUAACCUGCUGGGCUGUCAGGUUCCCCACAAACCCUCCAGCGCCAGUUACAGCUUCUCAGGGCGUAGCGCAGUGGGAGGGCCCACUGAGGAUCUCGCAAUGACCCCCGGACCAGGAAAGUACAGCAGCAUAAACCCAGAUAUCUACAGACAGCGCCAACCUUCCUUCUCCAUUCAGAGCAGGACUAAGAAACCCAACUAUGUGUCUGGUGUCCCAGGGCCGGGCACAUACAGCCCGGAAAGGAUUCACGUGCACCUUCCCAAGCCCCCAUCUUUCACUAUGGGCAUCAGGCAUUCUGAGUUUGUUACCCCUCUUGUGGUGCAUGUGACUGACUGA